CUCUCUCUCUCUCUCUCUCUCUCUCUCUCUCUCUCUCUCUCUCUCCCUCCAUUCUUCAUAACAUGCCAGGAUUUUUUCCAUCAAACACUGUCCACUUAAAGCCAGGCUGCUCAUCUGGUAGGGCGCCAGACCACCAGCCUCUCAAAUCUGCAACUUCACUCCAGUAAAUUUGUGACACUGUCUGUCAGAUUUGGAGUAAGAAAAGAGGACGGCAGUGUUUUCUCCCGGAUCCCCCCCCCCUUUUUUUUUCUUCUUCCCCCUGCCAUCCUUAGCAGAGAUGCCAUGCGGAUGGGUUGGGAUGGUUUGGUCCAGCUUGAUGCGUUUUUAGCUGGAGCAGCGGCUGAUAGUGACUGAUUCUUCCYGUUGAUUUUGUCCAUGCAAGACUCGGGGUGGAAACAUGUCUGGCCAGUUCUUUGAGAGGAUCCCUGCUGUCAGAGAUGGCAUCUUGGUCCAGCACCUCGGUUUUCACCUCUAAAGUGCCCCGGAAAAUCUUAUUCAUGUUCACCCUCUCCCUUUCUGUCACCUACUUGUUCUACAGCUUGAUGAGCUGCUACAACUCGCUGCAGUUCCCUCUGCAAGAGAACUACGUGUAUCAGGGCAGGCUGGUGACGGAGGAUACAACUUUUGUGACUCUGAGGGAGAAACUUUACUCGGCCUCGCAGGGAUUCGUGGAGUUCACCGAAGCUGAGGGGACGACCUCGUCCCCCACGGCGAAGAGCCAUGCCGGGGCCGGGGCCGAGCAGAGGACGGCGGAGUGGAUUAGGAUGCAGGCGUCUCCAACGCCGGGGCUGGAGAGGGACCGCCAGGAGAUCAGCACCACGGACAGCGAACUCAGGGCGAACUGCACCUCGGAUUACGGCGAGAAGAAGCUGCCCCAAGCCAUCAUCAUCGGCGUGAAGAAAGGGGGGACCCGAGCCCUGCUGGAGGCUCUCAGGGUCCACCCGGACGUCAGAGCCGUUGGAAACGAGCCGCAUUUCUUUGAUAGGAACUACGAGAAGGGGCUGGACUGGUACAAAGACCUGAUGCCUUCAACGCUGGAGGGGCAGAUCACCAUGGAGAAGACACCCAGCUACUUUGUGACUAACCAUGCCCCGAAGCGCAUCCACUCCAUGGCCAAGGACAUCAAGCUUAUUAUUGUGGUGCGUAAUCCUGUCACCAGAGCCAUUUCAGACUAUACACAAACCUUAUCCAAGAAACCCGAGAUCCCAACCUUUGAGAUUCUGGCGUUUAAAAACCGGACGCUGGGGCUCAUAGAUGCCUCGUGGAGUGCAUUGCGCAUAGGAAUAUAUGCACUUCAUUUGGAGAGCUGGAUGCAGUAUUUCCCUCUCUCACAGAUGCACUUUGUCAGCGGGGAGCGACUCAUCGUGGAUCCUGCAGGUGAGAUGGCCAAAGUACAGGACUUCUUGGGACUUAAGCGGAUCGUGACAGACAAACACUUUUACUUUAAUAAGACUAAAGGAUUCCCAUGUCUGAAGAAGCCAGAGGACAGCAGCACUCCCAGAUGCCUUGGCAAGUCUAAAGGGAGAACUCACCCUAAAAUUGACCCGGAUGUGAUUCGGAGGCUGCACAAGUUCUACAAACCCUUUAACAUGAUGUUCUACCAAAUGACGGGCCAGAACUUUGAAUGGGAGCUGGAGGAGGACAGUGAAUCUCGCAGCUCUCAGGACUAGCACGGCACGGCUCCGCCAUACCACCAGCCUUCUCACUACAAACUACUACGGUCCCCCUUCAUCUCGAGAGAGUGCUUGAGCACGCCAAUCAAUUAUGGCUGUCCAAGCAGUUUCUGUAUCCAUUAGCAAGAUCUCACUGACAUGCUUUUUUUCUUGAUGAUGGCAAGUCAUUAUUGUGUAUAUGAAACAUAAAAUAUAUUUAUAUUUGUGUAAAUGAGAUGAUUUAUUCCUUUUGUUUUUAA